AUGACGACUGGCUUUCAAAAGAGUCUUCUGGGUCUCAGUGUCUUCAUGACCAUCGUCCUGGUUGCCGUUCUGACCAGUAAAAAGUUCGCUUUGGAAGCCCGGCGGAAUGCUCUGCUACUGGAAAUGGUAGCGAACAUUAGCACCGACUUGGAUAAACUGGACGACGGCUUCGACAUCAUCGCGUCGAGAACGGAAGUGGCUAAAGGUCAACUCCGAAAGCUCGCGACUUUACAUAGAGACAACUUGAUGAUAUGUGCUCUACUUCACGAAAAACACGAGAAGAAUGCUGAUCAUUCGUAUGCUGCUGAUCUCCAUACGCUAGGGUCAAUCACGAAGCCAUGGAAAGAUCAGCUUCCGUCUAAGAAGCGCUAAAAGUUCCCCGAAACUUUGGAAGCGCUGCUCACCUACAUACGUACAAUCAUCC